AUGGGCAUCGUUUGCAUCAAAGAAAGUACAACGGUAUGGCUACCAGAGGGACGAAGGAGCCCACGUGCUUAUGAUAAAGACUCACUAGUCACGACUGUAGAAUUCGCGGACGGACGUGUUCGGAAAGUGGCCAAAUCUAUCGGAAAAGUCUGGUGCAAAGUGGCAACGCAGUACUACAAAACCCGACAAUAUAGUUUACGGUAUACUCGUGGGUUACCGCAAUAUUGCAUCACGUUGGUCAGUCCAAGAUGGACGUUUUCACAGCUUCCGUCGACGCAGUCCAAGUUUUCCUGCAUUUCGUUUUCACUUUUCCCGUCAGCGAGUUCGUUUAGUGCUGUUAUAUUGUAG